CAUAUUUGACCUCACCCGUGUGAAGCAAAAUCUGUUUUACUUAUUUUAGCAAACGCCCAUAACUUUAAACUUUCAAUAAUUCAUUUCUGAUCCGAGCUUUUUUACCGUAACACCAGGAGUAAACGCGCAUCAGUUUUGAAGGUGCCGCUGGCGUGACCUGGGAGAGAGAGGAAAACAGACCACUGCUGCGACUUUAUUCCAUUCCCAGCUCUGGGUUAGCCGCCCCAUAUGCUAAGUAGCUAACAGCAACAGCAACAACCUGUCAAACCCCUCCCAAGUGUCAAACAAUGUCAUUUCACUUGCGAGGUCAAGUUGCGAAACUGAUGUAGUAACACUGGCAGCCGACGCUCUCCCGUAUCUCCGAUCAGUGGGGGUACGGGCUCACUUACUUCACCAUGGGGAACAACUGCAGUCACCAGCUCGGGAUCCCUCCAGCCAAGGGCCCCAAUCCUGUGGGAUGCACCGACUUCAUGAUGGACCACACCACACAGGGCACCUUCUUCCGGCUCUUCUAUCCUUGUCAAGAGACUGAGAAAGCAGAAAAACCCGACUGGGUCCCAUGCAAGGAGUAUUUCAACGGCCUGGCAGACUUCAUGAAGAUCAACAGGACUCUCAGUGAAAGGAUUUUCAACUACCUCUUUGGGUCCUUUAAGGUCCCAGCCUACUUGGAUGCUCCAUUCAAGUCUAAUGAAAAAUGUCCUGUCAUUAUCUUCUCACACGGCCUGGGAGCCUUUAGGACUUUGUAUUCGGCCAUAUGUGCAGAGCUGGCGUCUCAGGGCUUCAUCGUGGCAUCUGUGGAACACAGAGACGAGUCAGCGUCGGCUACGUUUUAUUUUCGAGAGGAGACGGCGUCAGAGGCGACGGCAAAGGACAAUGUCCCUAUAGCAUCGGCCCGAGACGGCUUGGUGAGGGAGUGGAUGUACUACAGAGCUCUGCAGCACGGAGAGAGUGAAUUCACCCUCAGAAAUAAACAGGUGAAGCAGCGAGCAGAUGAAUGCAUUCUGGCUCUGGACAAACUCACUGAAAUCAACUCAGGGAUAGAAGUGCACAAUGUUCUGCAGACGCAGUUUGACUGGACCACGCUGGAGAAUUCCAUGGAUCUGUGUAGGAUAGCAGCGGUCGGACAUUCCUUCGGGGGAGCGACAGUGAUCGAGACUCUGUGCAAAGACGUUAAAUUCAAGUGUGGCGUAGCGCUGGACGCCUGGAUGUUUCCUUUAGAUGAAGAAAUCUUUCCUCGAGUGAGGCAGCCGCUCUUCUUCAUCAACUCUGAGAAAUUCCAGUGGGCGGGGAACAUCAGCCGCAUGAAGAAGCUGGACUCAGCCGUCAUCCACAGGAAGAUGAUCACUAUCAGGGGUUCCGUCCACCAGAGUUUCCCCGACUUCACCUUCCUGACGGGAAACUGGAUCGGUAAACUGUUGAACCUGAAGGGAGAGAUCGACCCAGAGAUCGCCAUAGACCUCUCCAACAAAGCAACACUAGCCUUUCUGCAACGCCAUCUCGGUCUACAGAAGAACUUUAAUCAGUGGGACCCUCUGAUCGACGGGGCGGAUGAAAACCUCAUUCAAGGAACUAAUAUCACCCUGCUUCAGUCUUCCAUCUGACCUGCCACUGUGCCUCAUAUACUGCAGAGGAACCCGGGUGCUCAAAUGUGGACCGCUCCCAAGAUGUCUAGAACAUUUGAAUCUCAAAUGGACUCAGUCCCAACAUUUUGGAGAGCAAUGAAGGGGAAAGGCGAUCUCUACCUCAUCAGCAGGAAAGGUUCGUUUUCCUUGAAAGAUCAAAACACUCUGUGUAUCAGUGUUUGUUUCAUGACGCCUGGAUGUUGUGCAAAUGCACCUCAACACUUAAGUUGGGGAAAACUUUAUUAAUCCAUUACCAGCAAUUUCCUGGAGAAGUCAUUUUAAUCAUUUUCAAUCUUUGAGUGUAAAUCAGCUACUCUGAUUGCUGUGUGAAUGUGAUGAAGCCUAACAUGAGAAUCCUAUGAGAUGGAGAAAAAAGAAAGAUUUAUGAGUAUAAGCAAAGAUGCUGUAAAACUAAAUGUAUCCAUCUUGAUUUGACAGAUUAAAACAUUAGAAGUGUACAAACACUAAAAGGCUGCAUUUAAAAACCAUGUGUGCCAGAAAAGUACUGUCCAAUGAAAUGUAACAGCCUUCUACUUUUAUACAAUCAUUGUCUAAAUUUGUAUACAAGACAAAUCCAAUAAAUACGGUUUGUAUACAAAAAAGUAA